AUGGCUCACUCCCCGGCUGAGAGACGGCGGGUCUUCCUCGCCUACCGUACUGUGUUCACCGGCCCGUACGCUCAGAUCCGAAAGCCCAAGAGAAUCAAGGAGAUCGUCCAGCAACACCGACAGUCGUUUGGUAAUUUGACCAAGGAUUUCGGUCUCGAUAAGGUUGUUGAUAUCAUAAAGGUUCUGUUGGAUCAAAGCGUUUUUGAGUCUGAACUGAAAGCAAAGAUCGCGUUUCCGGAGCUCUUUCAAACCUCAGCAGCCCGCGAUAUUCAGCGCAACGCCUCGGAAAACGAUGCGGCGAGAUCCGCAACGGAAGCCCUGGAGGAAAUAGUCUCUGCCCCAUCGUUGUAUCCAUCGACCUUCCCGUACAGCGUACAGCAUCUUGUUCUUACAGCUGCCCAACGCGAACUAGAGGGGUGCUGUUUUGAUUUUGCAACCCAAUGGCUACCAUCAUUAUUGGAAGAGCGCAAGUGGGACUGUGCAGAGGCGGUAGAAUUGACCAAAUGGACAAGGCUUUUACCUAAGAGCUGCGAGAAGCUGCCUGCAUCGGCAGUGGCCAACGAUACUGGGCUGCCUCUGACAGAAAUCUUCCUCUCCACGAAUGUGCUCCGUCAUUCGGCUGUCCACCGGCUCUCAAUGAGUGCCCGGGGAAUCCAUAAGAUAAUUCAGUCGGCAGCAAGGCUUGCAAAUACUCUCAAUGACCACCCUCGGGCUGCACAGUUAGAGAGCCUCUACAUGGAGAUCGGAAGUCGAAUCCGAGAUAUGGAACUGAACAAGAAUUUCUUGGAAAAUCGGCUUGACGAACAGCUUCGUGUUAUUUCCGAACAGCGUGCAGAACUCGAUAGGAAGGAGAAGGAGUGUUUGGAGACAAUGUUGAAGGAGGACCAGGAAAAUAAGAAGAUGAUUGGAUCGUUUCUGGAAGCUGCUAUCCAAAGCACCUUCAGGAAACCUGCAGCUGAGCCGUUCGCUUCUCGCAGUGUCAAUGGUGACAACGGCGAAAACGGUGACAACGGUGAGAAUGGUGAGAAUGGUGAGAAUGGUGACUCUGCAGAUGGCGAUGAUGACGGUUCCACGGGUGUGCCUAUGUAG